AUGUGGGAUCGCCUCAUCUCUUGGACAGUCAACUUUUGGCUCGGCUCCACCGCACUCGUCGUCUUUUUCCUCCUACCUCUCCCUGUUGGUUGCGUCGAGCUAUGGCGUCGUCGUGUCCUUUCUUUCCGCCUCCUCGGCCUCGCGGGCAGCGCCCAGUGGGCCGUCGGUCGCAUGCUCAAGUUCCUCAUGUACUGGACCACAGGCGUCGUCUUCGUGACCGUCGAUCCUCAUGGGAUCCUGAACAGCGUGCGUCCGGCCGUGCUCGUGGGCAACCACCAGACGGAGCUCGACGUCUUGAUGCUCGGCAUCUUUAUUGAUCGAGGAAAUGCAAAGGACGCGAGGCAAGCUCUAAAGGGCGCAGGAGAGGAGAUUGCUCGAAGGAACCAGAGUGUCUAUGUCUUCCCCGAGGGCACCCGAAGCUAUAGCGACGAGCCCAUUCUCAUGCCCUUCAAGAAGGGUGCUUUCCACCUCGCCAUCGAGGCGGGCGCUCCCAUUGUGCCCUGCGUUGUCGCCAACUACAGCCACGUCUUCAACAUCAAGGCCCGAGUAUUCAACUCCGGCACCAUUCCCGUUAAAGUCUUGGCUCCUAUUCCGACUAAGGGGCUUACUUCUGCUGAUGUCGACAAGCUCAUGAGUGAAACCCGCGAGAAGAUGCUCCAGGAGCUCAUUACUCUCACCGCCGAGGCUCGGGGUACCGUUCCUGCUUCUAAAUGA